UACGUCACCACCCACCGAUCACAGACUAGUUUUUCCCAGCAUUUGAACCAACUCCCAACCGUCCUUAUAAAAAUGCCGUCGCAACGGCCGGCCUUUCUUCAACUUCCAGUGCUGGUGUGCUGGAUCGGUUUCUGCACAGAUUACAGUUUAAUGGAUGCCCCUUGCUUAGAGCUCUAAUUAUCUCUCAGCUGUAUUAUCGAAUUUUGCUACUUCGGUUUUGGUUUGGAACCAUGUCGGCUCUGCACCAAGUGUUUGAAAAUGGACUUGAGCAUGUUGAACUGCUUCCAGCGACCAAUGAUAACCAUGGAGGAGUCAUUGUGGAGAUGGAGGGGGCUAUGGGCUCCGAGGUCUUUGCUACUUUGCUUAGAGCUUCGGUCUCUGAGUGGAGGCGACAGGGCAAGAAGGGUGUCUGGAUUAAACUGCACAUUGGUCUUGCAAAUCUGGUGGAACCUGCAGUGAAGGAGGGAUUUCGUUACCACCAUGCCGAGCCAAAUUACCUGAUGUUGGUUUACUGGAUUCCUGAUACUAUUUGUACUCUUCCUUCAAAUGCUUCACACCGUGUAGGUAUUGGUGCUAUUGUUUUGAAUGAUAAAAGAGAGCUGCUUGUAGUUCAGGAAAAGAGUGGUCCAUUCCAAGAUACAGGGGUGUGGAAAAUCCCUACCGGGGUUGUUGAGGAGGAGCUCAUCAAUCUACAGGAUGAGAAUCUUUUCAUGGCAGCUACAAGAGAAGUAAAAGAAGAAACAGGGAUUGAUACGGAAUUUCAGGAGAUACUAGCAUUCAGGCAGUCACACAAGAUGUUCUUUCAGAAAUCAGAUCUAUUUUUCAUUUGCAUGAUGCGUCCUCUAUCCUUUGACAUCGAGAAGCAAGAACUAGAGAUUGCAGCAGCCCAGUGGAUGCCGUUGAAGGAAUAUGCAGAUCAACCUUUGACCCAGAAGCACAAGAUUUUCAAGUACAUUGCUGACCUAUGCUCGGCGAAGAUGCAGGGUGAAUACACUGGAUUAUCACCCCUGCGUAUAACUUCAGCUUUCAACAACAGUUUUAGUUAUCUAUAUUUGAACAGCCGGGAUCUGAACGUUUCCUCAAAUUCUUCUGAUCAAUUUUAGUUUAAAAUACAAUUGGUGAUUAUUGUAUGAAAUCCCGAUUAUAUUUUAUUAUAUUUUUAACAAAGCAAAUGCUCUGCUUUUCUCUA